AUGACAGCAAGCCUCAGUUUGAAACAACUUGACGCAAUUCAAGACCUCAUAUUUGAAAAACUAGUUGAGAAGUCCACCCGAAUAAAAACCAUACUUCCUUGUCAACUUUAUCUUGUGGAACUGUUUGUGUCACAGUGCAGGCUAUUAGAACAGGUUGGUUAUUGCGAUUAUGAAUUAGCAUAUAUACUAUACACCUUGCUGGAACGUUACAUAAAGCACUUUGAUGCAAAGAUAAAGAGUGCAAGCAGUGAGGUUUAUUCAGUGGUAAAGAGUGUGUUGAGAGACAGGUCACACCAAAAAGAGGUGAUUCAUAGUCAUUUACAAACCGACACAAACAAUGAUGAUCUACUUGAUCGCUUCAAAGCAUUGAAGGAGAACGGCACAGUAUCUAAAUUACCGCCAGCGGUAAGUGUCACUGCAUAUCAGCAACUGGUGAGCCCAGCGGAACUCCGACAACUUCUAGACAACAAAAAAGUUUUACUCAUUGAUUAUCGACGCCGCAAAGAUUACCUACACAACCACAUCAAGCAUCCCAAUGUCAUAAAUAUAGAGCCAUCACAAGCGAACGACCUCCCGAUCGAGGCAACGAGUCAGGAUCUAGAAGCCAAAUUAAAACACACUAUGUCGCAUCGACACUAUAAGGUGUUUGAAGACCGAAGGAAGUUUGAUUAUGUGGUGAUUUACGACUUCAAGUAUGGUGUACUGGGGAACAACAGAUUCAUUGAGAUCCUUAAGAGUGUAGAAGAAGAGACACCAACCAACCCCUUCCAACGUUUAAUCGAAUUACUAACAACCAAGAACCCAUUAAUAUCGUCUCAACUCAAAUGGCUACCCAUGUACUUGGCUGGUGGUAUCAAAAACUGGUUCGAUACAUAUGGCGCUGAGGCUAUUGAAGACUCGCGCAAUCAACUGGCUGAGGUGGAAGUGAAUGGGCUAGUUUAUCCAAAGUCGUUUGAUGAUUACUUGUCCUCAGCCAGAAAAGACAGCCCUUCAGAGUCAAAGGUGCAUAUACCGGCUCGAGCAAACAACGGUUUGGUCAGCAACCAACACACACAGUUGAAGCCACAGUCAAUGGGUGUUCAACCAUAUGACCCCUCGUCAGUCAGUACGAGUGAUCACAAGCCUGACACAAAGGAAACUGCUUCACCUGCCAUGUAUAAAUCAGCCCCCACCAAGCCCCCGGAAGGUGGUCAAAUGUCAAAUUUACUUAAUGAAUUUGCAACGGGUUUGUUCAACUUGGGUAACUCUUGUUACAUGAAUUGCAUGAUCCAGUGUUUGGCUGCUACACCACAAUUGACGUCUUUCUUUUUCCCCUCAGUAACAACGAACGGAUCUUACAAGCAACAUAUAAACGUCAACAAUAAACUUGGUACUCAGGGAAAACUAACAAUGGGGUUUGUUGAGUUACUUUUAAACAUGUUGAAUAACAACGGAAAAGCAUUCAGCCCGUCAAAAUUUAAGAAAAUUGCCGGUGAAUGUUCCCCGGGAAGACAGUUUGCCUCUUGCUCACAACAGGAUUGUACAGAAUUUGUUACAUUUUUGCUUGAUGGUUUGCAUGAGGAUUUGAAUCAAAUGCCAGUGUUAGAUCCGAAAGAAAAAAAGAGAAUAACUGAGUUGACUCCAGAACAAGAAAGAAAUAGAGAAAUUUUGCCAGUAAGAUUAGCAUCAACCAUUGAAUGGGAGAGAUAUUUGAAGUUGAAUUUUUCAAUUAUUGUGGAUAACUUUCAAGGUCAGUAUUUGUCUCAGUUGCGUUGCUUGGAAUGCGGGACCACAUCAACUACUUAUAAUGCCUUUUCAUUAUUGUCGCUUCCUAUACCAGAGAAACUAAAUCAGUCACUGAAGGUUACUUUACACGACUGUAUUGAAGAGUUUACCAAAACAGAGUUGCUCGAUGAUGGAAACAAGUGGCAUUGCUCGCAUUGUAAAAGGUUCACCAAGUCAACGAAAAGGAUUGCAAUCACACGUUUGCCUCAAGUGUUAAUUGUGAAUUUUAAGCGAUUCAAAGUGAAUAACAACGGACAAAUACGUAAGUUGGAAACAUUUGUAACAUAUCCAGUGUCCGAAACCUUAGAUUUGACGAAAUACUGGACAAAACGUGGAACCACAAUGGGAGAUUCAGGUUCACCAAAGAUGUCCUUAGAGGAGGAGACUACAAUUCUUGAAUCGUUUCCAGUAAGGAAUCAAGAGCCACCAUUCAGGUAUCAAAUAUAUGGUGUUGCCAACCACUUUGGUACUUUAUCCACAGGUCACUACACUUCUUAUGUGUACAAGAGUGGAAAGAAGCGGUGGUGUUACUUCGAUGAUUCAAAAAUCACCACCAAUGUUGCUCAAACUGAAGUGAUGAACAAGAAUGCAUUUUGUUUAUUUUUUCAAAGAGUAUAG